GCCCUGGCUCCGGCCGGCCCUCGCGGCGACAGCCCGCGUUCCGCGUCCCCGGGAAGUUGUCUCCGGAGCCCGGGGCCCCUGGGUCUCCUCCCCCUGAGCCCCGCCCCCUCGCCCGGAGCUGGGAUCUGCAAGCUGCCCGGCCCGGGGGCGUCGCCGCUCGCUCGGCGAAGCCAGCGAGUGUCUGCUUCUCUGCGCGGAUCGCGCGUCCCCUGCCUGACCGGGGACCCCCGCGCACCCCAGACACGGCGCGCGCUCAGAGCGCGGGAGCCCGGGGCUCCGGGCGCCUGGGAUCCCGCGGAGCCGCUGCCCAGCCCGCGGGGCUCGGCAGGGAUGCAGUCUGCGCUGUGAGCCCGGGCGCCAAGGCCAUGUCCGGCACCCGCUGCCGGACCCUUUACCCCUUCUCCGGGGAGCGGCAUGGCCAGGGGCUCCGCUUCGCCGCGGGUGAGCUUAUCACGCUGCUGCAAGUCCCGGACGGAGGCUGGUGGGAAGGCGAGAAGGAGGACGGGCUCCGCGGCUGGUUCCCGGCAAGCUACGUGCAGUUGCUGGAGAAGCCUGGAAUGGUCCCCCCUCCGCCCGGAGAGGAAAGCCAGACGGUUGUCCUUCCACCUGGCUGGCAGAGCUACUUGUCCCCUCAGGGCCGGCGUUACUAUGUCAACACGACCACCAAUGAGACCACCUGGGAACGUCCCAGCAGUUCUCCUGGGAUUCCAGCCAGCCCUGGCCCUCACAGGAGCUCUCUGCCUCCAACAGUGAAUGGAUACCACGCAUCAGGGACCCCAGCGCACCCUCCAGAGACUGCCCACAUGAGUCUCCGAAAAUCCACCGGUGAUUCCCAGAACCUGGGAUCCUUGUCACCAGGCAAAAAGCAGAGCAAGGAAAACACCAUCACAAUAAAUUGCGUGACAUUCCCUCACCCAGACACCAUGCCUGAACAGCAACUGUUAAAGCCAACCGAGUGGAGCUACUGUGACUACUUCUGGGCUGAUAAGAAGGAUCCCCAAGGCAAUGGCACGGUGGCUGGGUUCGAACUGCUGCUCCAAAAGCAACUGAAGGGCAAACAAAUGCAGAAAGAAAUGUCUGAAUUUGUCCGAGAGAGGAUAAAGAUUGAAGAAGAAUAUGCAAAGAACCUGGCUAAGCUCUCUCAGAACUCCUUGGCUGCACAGGAGGAAGGCUCCUUGGGAGAAGCUUGGGCCCAGGUGAAGAAGAGUCUGGCAGAUGAAGCAGAGGUUCAUCUCAAGUUCUCCGCCAAGCUUCACAGCGAGGUAGAGAAGCCCUUAAUGAACUUUCGUGAGAACUUCAAGAAAGACAUGAAAAAGUGUGACCACCAUAUCGCUGACCUCCGCAAGCAGCUCGCCAGCCGCUACGCGUCGGUGGAGAAGGCCCGGAAAGCCCUCACUGAGCGGCAGAGAGACCUGGAGAUGAAGACCCAGCAGCUGGAGAUCAAGCUGAGCAACAAGACAGAGGAGGACAUCAAGAAGGCACGGAGAAAGUCCACACAGGCUGGUGAUGACCUCAUGCGUUGUGUGGACCUCUACAACCAGGCGCAGUCCAAGUGGUUUGAAGAGAUGGUGACCACCACUUUGGAGCUGGAGCGGCUGGAGGUGGAGAGGGUGGAGAUGAUCCGGCAACACCUGUGUCAGUACACACAGCUGCGGCAUGAGACAGACAUGUUCAACCAAAGCACAGUCGAGCCUGUGGACCAACUGCUUCGAAAAGUGGACCCGGCCAAAGACAGAGAGCUGUGGGUCAGAGAGCACAAAACGGGCAACAUUCGCCCCGUGGACAUGGAGAUCUAGACACGCCUGUGCGGCCCCGGGGGUCCUGACCCAGGAGAGGGGCUGGGGGUCCCGUGGAGAGGGGGUGGUGGCUCCCGCUGGGUGAAGCUGCCCUCCCACCCACUCUCCUGUCCACUGAGGAGAGAGGAGAGAGCUGGCAAUUCCAGAAGGGUGAUCUGGGUGGCUCAGCUGGGGAAUCCCAGAUAUUCCCAGGCCAAGAAGACAGACCCCGCCCUUGUCUCCAAGACUGAAGCCCCCCCCCCAAACCCCGUGCCAUGCUUGUUGCUCUGAGAACAAACUGAGGCUGGAACUUUGUGGUCCCUGCUGAGUUCCAUAGGGGUGGCCAUCACAUACUUUUGCCCUUGGAUGCCCCAAAGCCCAUCCUUCACCUGGUCCCUUUAUCUCCGGGGCUUUGGAAGAUCAGGGAAGGGCUGUCUCUGCCUCCAAGCCAAUGUCAGGAUCAGAAUCAUGGAUAGAAGGCGCCGUCAGCUCAGCCUGCACCUAGACUCCUUUACGGCCCUCUCUAUUUUUCUCAUUGCAUUCUGGGAGCCCAAAUCUGGCUUUUCUUGGCCACUUUUCAUCCCCGUGGGUCUUGGGAAGGCCUGUUUUCUGUCUUCCCUGACCAACCCUGCCCAGAGAGGUCAGGAUGGAACUACCUCAUUUGGCAAAUUAGCCCCAAGUCGGAGCAUUGAAUCACGGUUCCCAUCAGAUCAGGCAUCGGCUCUGAAGUCUCUGGAAAUCCCCAUCCCUCCAUUCCUCAGCUGCUUUCUCAAGGCAGUCCCCACCCCCACCCUGCCACCCCUGCCCAAAGUUCUCUGCCAGGGAGACCUCCUUCAGCUGUGUGCAUGUCCAAAAGCUUUGAGAGAUGGAGAUGAGCCAGAAACCACAUGGGGUCUGUCUCCCAUCGUGUCCUGUCCAACACGGGGCUACCCUGACCCCCACUCUCCCAGUCUGCCCACCAAGGGCUUAAUAGGGCUAGGUCAGUCCCACAUGGGAGACAGGUUAGGGCAAGUCUUUGUCAAGACUCCAUCUGCUUAGGCAAGAUAGGGUUUGGACUGCUGUAUGAGCAUUGCAGACUCUCUCUCCUUGCUAUCCAGGUGUGUCCUGCCACCUGGACCUCCAGCUCCUCCGAACUUUCCAGAGCCCGCCAGCACCUCCUUUCCCUCUGUCCAUCUUCCCUGGAGAAGCCUGAGCCAAGCGUGACUUGGGAAGCUUUUCAGCACUACCCCUGGGUUCAGCCCGCCACUUUCUUUCUCGACUACAGCAAACACCAUCUCUCCCCCAUCCUAGCCUAGAGAAUCAGCCUGAGGGGGCUGGGAGAAAAUAUUGACCCAGUGAGCAAGGAACAGCUUCUAGCCAGAAACCCCUGCUCUGAGAGGCCACCUUUCUUCAUCUUUUCCCUUGAUGGCUUUCGGCUUGACCCUUCCAUCUCCCAUAGGGGCAGAAUUCUAUGAGCCCAAUUCACGGAUCUUUCCCUCCAUUUUACACUGCUAAUAAUGGAUGUUAAUCUUGAAUCUUUCAGCAUCUCUUCCAUUGAAUUAGAAUGGCUUUCUCAUAGUUUAUUUUAGAAAGAUGUUCAAUAUACUAAAGCAAACCAGAUCUUGUCACUUUUUUUUUUUUUUUUUUUACUAAAACAUCCCAAGCACAAAAGCCAACGUGAAGGUGUUCACAAGCAUGGAGGGGGUGGGAUCUGUCCAGCAUAGGAUGGAAAACCACUCCUUUUGCAUCCGGGCUUGAACCAUGACACCAGCUACCAAUUUUAGGAUAUUUCUUGGCUUCUCACUCUAAAAAAUGGGUGCUAGUGGUAAUUGCUUUGUGGCUUAGUAAACUAUAGAUGAUUUUCAAACAUCAAA